AUGGGGGUCUCGUUCAAGGUUUCGAAGACCGGUCGGAGGUUCGUUCCCAGACCGGUCAAGCAAUCCGAUGACAACUCCGUUUCUGCUGCUGCGGAGGAUAAUGAUGGCCAGGACAACCUCGUUCUCCGAAAUUCUAAGGGAAGCAACCGAAAUGUUUCCGCCUUACCUCGGAACUCAUCUACGUUUGAUUUCGGCAACAAAUAUGGGGAUGCUUCUGAAAUCUCAGAAACAGAAGUUUCCUUUACAUUGAGCCUUUUUCUAGAUGGAUAUUCUAUUGGGAAGCCCUCUGAGGGGCCAUCAGUUAAUCAGACUUGUAUGGAAAUCCCAAAACUUUUACAUCCAUAUGAUAGGGCAUCCGAAACCCUUUUUUCUGCUAUUGAGGCUGGAAAACUGCCUGGAGAUAUCCUUGAUGACAUACCAUGCAAGUAUAUCAACGGGGUGCUUAUUUGUGAGGUGCGGGAUUACAGGAAAUGUAUUUCUGAAGCAGGAGGUAAUCUUACUUCCACCGCUGGUUCUCCAGUAGUUCAUAAAGUACGUCUUAGGAUGUCACUGGAGAACGUUGUAAAGGAUAUCCCAUCAAUCUCUGAUGGUGCUUGGACUUAUGGUGAUCUUAUGGAAGUUGAGUCUCGAAUACUGAAAGCCCUACAACCAAAACUGUGUCUUGACCCAACCCCACAAUUGGAAAGACUUGGUGAAUAUCUAGCUGCCACGAAGUUAAAUUUGGGUGUGUGCAACAUGAGGAAGAGGUUAAGGCAGAUACCUGAUGUCACAGUCACAAAUAACACCCACGGGAAAAAGGUAUGCAUUGACCGAGUUCCGGAGAGCUCAAGGUUUGGUGAUUCAGGGUCUGUUCUUCAGCAGCCUGUCCAAGAGAAUCUGCAAACUCAGAAUAACGGUCCAAACAGUAUGAUUGCAAUCAGGUCUAAUAUCCUCGGGGUAAAUACAUCGGUCCCAUCAUCACCUAUGGCAUCUAAUCCAUCCAAAUAUCAAAUGGGGGUAGGGAGCCCUAGAAUUAUGCAGGAUCCUAGGUCAUCUGUGUUAAAUUCAUCCAGUGCUUCACAUGGUGGACAGAACAUGGUUAUAUCUUAUUCCGAUAGGAGAGAUAAUCCAGAUAUGCCACAGAAUUUGAAUAAGAGAGAUCAAGAUAUGCAACAAAAUGCAAAUAAGAGAGCAAGGCAUACGACUGUUGGCGCUUACGGGACCCAACAGCAACAUAUAGGAUCACCUAUGGACAGCUUCCAAGGACAGGAUGCCCAUUGGAAAAAUACAAUAUUACAACGAGGAAUUCCUUAUGCCAAUAAUUCUGGGAUACAGAAGUAUCCCUUGCCAAUGUUCGAAGCAGGUUUGGAUCAAGAACAACCUGGGUCAGUGCCAUUCUCACAAGGAGGAAUAAAAUAUGGUUUAAAAGAAGAACCAGUUGAGACUGAGAGAUUGGACAAGCCAACAUUAGGUCAAAUUAGGAACGAAAUGCAUGGUGGGCUUGAGUCAGAACUGAAUCAGACAGAUGUUUCACAGUCGCGCCUGCCACAAAGGAUACCCCAGCAACUUAUGCGUUCAAACUUUCCCCAGACUCCUUGGAACAAUCUUGGUCUUCCAAUUGAAAAUAAUUCGAGAAAGGAGGAUCCUUACCAGAAGAGGAAGGUAAUUCAAAGUCCUCGUGUUUCUGCUGGAGGUGGUAUACCUCAGUCUCCUUUGUCAUCAAAAUCAGGAGAAGUGUCGGGUGGUUCCGUGGGACCCCAGGUUGGAGCAGCAGCUGUGACAAGCAGCUAUCUGCCUUCACAGAAGGAAAAGGUAAACAUGUUGGUGCCGUCCAUGGCUGGGGCAGAACCAUCUGUGACGUCCAGUGCUAAUGACUCGAUGCAGCGUCAACAUCAAGCACAACAUGUUGCAAAAAGACGAUCGAACUCCCUACCCAAAGCCCCAGCGAUGAGUGGGGUCAGUUCCCCCGCUAGUGUUAAUAAUAUGAGCAUGCCGAUAAAUGUCACCAGUCCUCCUAUGGGGAAUCCUCCUUUGGCUGAUGCACUGUUCGAUAAGUUUACUAAAAUCAAUGUAGUGACAAUGAGGCAUGGACUUAACCGGAAAAAGUCUAAGGUCGAUCAGUACCCUGCCAGGAAAAUAUUUUCUGGGCAGGAGCUUUCGGCUUGUUUCUCUAGUGAUUUAAGCACUAACGAGAGCUUCAAAGAUGACUCCUGCAAAAUGUUGUCCACAUCCCUCGUCGGAGGCAAUAUGAAUAUUUGCAAGAUUAGGGUCUUAAAUUUUCUACUGACAGACAACAACCUACAAGGGAACGGAUUCCCGAUUGUCCCUAGAGCACGGACCAGAUUGAUCAUGUCAGAGAAGCCUAAUGAUGGUACCGUGGCUUUUCAUAUUGGAGACAUAGAAGAUGCUCAAUAUUUGGCUGCUGAGGAUUACCUUCCUACCUUGCCUAAUACCCAUACUGCGGACUUGCUCGCUGCACAAUUCUCUGCACUGAUGAAACGUGAUGGAUAUAAUGUUGUUGACGAUCAUGUCCAACCAAAGUCAGUCCCACAUAUUCAUACCACUAGCAAUCAACCAAAUACUCCAGGAAGCCACCCAUAUAAUGCAACCGCUGAAAUGCAGCAGUAUUCGGAAGUAGUUUCGGGUCCGCAAUCAAGCGAUAUUAGCAAGUCAUCAAACAACGGAAGCAAUUCAUUCAACCCAUCAAAUAAUUUACAAGGGACAAGGAUGCUAGCUGCCCCCGGGAAUACUCAGGGAAUCCAGAUCUCUCAGGGAUUUCCAUCCACGGUCUCAAUGCCACCUAGGCCUCAACAACAGCCUGAUCCUGUAGCAGCAGCAUCUUUGCUACAGCAGAAUCCACAACAGCUGAUGCCAUCGCAGCAUCCCCAGUUCCAAAGAUCGGGUUUUGCUGCUCUGGCUUCUAAUCCCAUGUUGCCUACUAUCAGGCAGAACGCUAAUAUGCAGUUAGGUAAUUUUAUGGCGAAUAAAUCUACACACCUCCAACAUCAGAUGCUUCAGCAGCAGCAGCAGCAGCAGCAGCAGCAACAGCAACAUCAAUCGCAUCAAUUCCUCCAGAGAAAGAUGAUGCCAGGUCUUGGUAAUGCUGCCGGUGUGGGCAACAUGGCCAAUAACAUGGUUGGGUUUGGAGCCCUUAGUAAUAUGAUGGCCAUGGGGGGUGUGAGGGGAGUUGGUGCCACAGGGAUUUCCUCGCCGAUGGCAUCCAUUGCAGGUAUGGGAAACAUGGCGCAGAACCCUUUGACUCUUAAUCCAGCUUCAAAUAUCAGCAACAUGAUCAAUCCACAAUUACGUCCUGGCAUGAAUCCGUUGCAAAGUAUGUUAAUGUCAAAGAUGGGCAGAGGAAACAUUGCUGGGGUUGUUUCUCAGUCUGGUAAUAUCUCUGGGGGUAUGGCUGGUGGUGGAGGUAUUGCUGGUGGAAGGCAGAUGAAUACCGGUGCUGUUGCAGGUCUCCAGAUGCUUGGUACUGCUAUGAAUCGGGGGAACAUGAACCAGAUGCAGCGGCCCAUUGGACAUAUGGGACCGCCUAAAGUAAUGACUGGCAACAGUUCUUACCUUGCCCAGCAGCAGUUGCAGCAUAUUCAGCAGAUGCAACCGCAACUGCCACAACAGCAGCAGCAACAGUUGCAGCAGAUGCAACAACUACCGCAACAACAGCAACAGCAGCAGCAGCAAUUGCAACAGCAGGAAACUUCUUCACCAAUGCAGGCUGUUACGCCUCCCCAGGUUGGUUCGCCUUCACCAUCUAAUAUGGGAAUGCCGCAGCAGCUGAAUCAGCCAACCAAUCAGCAACAACAGCAGCAGCAACUACAGCAAGCUAGUCCACAACAGAUGAGUCAACGAACCCCAAUGAGCCCUCAACUAAGUUCUGGGGCAGUGCAUACCAUGAGUACUGGCGGCAAUCAAGAAGCUUUGCCAGCAAGCCCUCAACUGAGCUCGCAGACCCUGGGUUCUGUUGGUAGCAUCACUAAUUCACCGAUGGAGCUACAGGGGGCCAACAAGAGUAAUUGA